AGUGCAGAGAUUCUGGCAAGUUUGCGGCUGGCUUGCUGGCGGCUGGCAGCCAUUUCUGAAUUGAUAAGAUGUCGGACAACGAAGACUACGAGAGUGGAAGUGAAGCUGGUAGCAGAAGCUACCAGGGCAGCGACGCGGGAAGCGAUGCUGGCAGCGAGGUGGGAAGUCCGCGAGCGAGCGAUGCCGGAAGUGCCCGGGGAAGCGGAAGCGGACGUGGAAGUGGACGCGGCAGUGAUGCCGGUAGUUACAGGGGCAGCGACUCUGAACCAGAGAAUGGAGAUGCGAGGAGUAGAAGUGCUUCGAGGAGUCGCAGCCGAAGUAGGAGUGGAAGUCCGAGGAGAAGUAGGAGUCGUAGCCGAAGUCGUAGCAGGAGUCGCAGCCGAAGUCGCAGCCCCAGUGGUUCAGAAGCCGAAGAAGUCGAUGGAAGGGAACGUGAACCAUCAGUGAGUGACGAAGAAGAACCUGAAGGGGAGGACCUGAAUUCCGAGGAUGAAUUCGACGAAGAGGAAGAAGAAGAGGACGAGGGCCCUCGCAGCAAAAAGAAGAAGAAGAACGACAGGUUUGGCGGUUUCAUCAUCGACGAGGCGGAGGUCGAUGACGAGUUUGAGGAUGAGGAGGAGUGGGAGGAGGGUGCUCAGGAGAUCGGCAUCAUCGGCAACGAAAUGGAAGAGUUGGGGCCGACCGCGCGCGAAAUCGAAGGCAGGCGCCGAGGGACCGCCUUGUGGGAUUCGCAAAAGGAGGCGGAGAUCGAAGAGUACCUGCGCAAAAAGUACGCGGACGAGUCGAUAGCGUCGCGGCACUUUGGCGACGGCGGCGAGGAUAUGUCAGACGAGAUCACCCAGCAGACGCUGCUGCCCGGCGUCAAGGACCCCAACCUGUGGAUGGUCAAGUGUCGCAUCGGUGAGGAGAAGGCCACCGCCCUUCAGCUCAUGCGCAAGUACAUCGCCUAUCAGGGCACCGAGCCGCUGCAGAUCAAGUCGGUCGUGGCGCCCGAAGGACUCAAAGGCUAUAUCUACAUAGAGGCGUUCAAACAGCCGCACGUGAAGCAGGCGAUCGAGAACGUGAGCAAUCUGCGCAUGGGCUUCUGGAAGCAGCAGAUGGUGCCCAUCAAGGAGAUGACAGAUGUGCUGCGAGUGGUGAAGGUGCAGACGGGCCUCAAGCCGAAGCAGUGGGUGCGAGUCAAGCGAGGUCUCUACAAGGACGACAUUGCGCAGGUCGAUUAUGUCGACUUGGGCCAGAACCAGGUGCAUCUCAAGCUGCUGCCUCGCAUUGACUACACGCGGCCACGUGGUGCCCUCAGAACGACACAGGUAACUCUAUGUGGCUACUACAUCUAUACUCAGAAUGACACAGGUCGUAGCAACUAUGUAGCUACUAUCAGAUGUAGGGAUGGGCACGUAGAGGGACAGUUUGAUAUUCUUGUGUUCUCUGCAAACUAAUCAUUUGAACCAAAUGUGUUCGAAGGUGUGAAGCCAACUCUAUCUGAGCUGGAGAAGUUUGAAGAGGCGCCGGAAGGCGUUGACAUUGAGCUGUCGGCCACCAACAAGGAGGACGGACCCGGCCACUCGUUCAGUGCCGGUGACAAUGUCGAAGUGUGUCAGGGUGAAUUGAUGCACCUGCAGGGCAAAAUCCUUGCCAUUGACGGCAACAUGAUCACCAUCAUGCCCAAGCAUGAAGAUCUAACGACACCUCUUGAGUUUCAAGCGAAUGAAUUGCGGAAAUACUUCAGCAUGGGAGACCACGUGAAAGUAUUGAGUGGUCGAUACGAAGGAGAUACUGGACUCAUUAUUCGAGUUGAAGACAAUAGGAUUGUCCUGUUCUCGGAUUUGACAAUGCACGAGCUGGAAGUUUUGCCUCGGGAUUUGCAGCUAUGUACCGACAUGGCCACAGGUGUGGACUCCCUCGGUCAAUUCCAAUGGGGCGACAUGGUACAGUUGGAUUCACAGAAUGUUGGAGUGAUUGUGAGACUGGAGCGAGAAAACUUCCACAUUCUGAAUAUGCAAGGAAAGUUAGUGGAAGCCAAACCCCAGGCUCUGCAUAAAAAGAAAGAGUUCCGAAACACUGUUGCCCUGGAUUAUCAACAGGCCACUAUUCAGAAAAGAGACAUUGUCAAAGUCAUUGAUGGACCACAUGCCGGACGCAGUGGUGAAAUCAAGCAUCUGUAUCGCAGUUACGCAUUCCUAUUUUCAAGACAAUACCUGGACAAUGGAGGCAUAUUCGUGUGCAAGACAAGGCAUCUUGAACUUCCAACCGAGAAGAGGAACAACAACAACAUGAACAACAUGAAUGCCGGCUUCAUGUCUCCACGCAUCUCGUCGCCGUACCACCCGAGUGGGGGUGGUGGUGGUGCAAGAGGGGGCGGAGGAGGAGGGCGUGGCAGGGGAGGCGGAGGAGGUGGGGUGCGCAGGGACCGUGAUCUCAUCGGACAGACUAUCAAAAUCACUGGAGGAUCUUACAAAGGUAAUGUUGGUAUGGUUAAGGAUGCUACAAUGACAACUGCACGUGUGGAAUUGCAUUCGUCUUGUCAGACGAUAUCCGUCGACAGAUCUCAUAUUGCCAGUGUGGGAACUCCUUCAAAGGACGGAAGCUUUACCACAUACAGCCGUACCCCGUCUGGUGGAUCGGCGACCCCUGCCUACCAACAAGGCAGCAAGACUCCCAUUCACGGGUCUCAAACACCUCUCUACGAAGCUGGCUCGCGUACACCGUACGGUGGCGCGACACCGUCGCACGACGGCUCACGGACACCGGGCGCCUGGGACCCGACCAUCACGAACACGCCGGCACGCUCCGACAUGGACACGUUUUCGCUGGACGAGGGGGGCUACGGUGGUGGCUCAGGGGGAGGGGGUCCUGCCGGGGGGCCCUACACGCCGCAGACCCCCGGCACCCCUGGCAUGUACGGAUCGGAUCCGUCAUACUCGCCGUAUCCCGCGUCGCCCUCGCCUACUGGAUAUCACAGUGGCAGUUCAGCGUACGUGGAAACGCCUAGUCCAAGCAGUGGCGUUCCGCCCUAUGGCACUCCGUCCCCUGUCAAUUACAGUCCACUGGCUGAUGGUGGAGGCCAAUCACCUUACAACCCACAGACGCCUAGUUCAGGCAUGGAAAGUCCAAUGCAAGAAUGGCAUACGGUUGACAUUGAGGUGAGAGUAAGAGAUUCACAGAUUGAUGCUGGACUUGCUAGGCAAACAGGAAUCAUCAAGGGUAUAAGCGGCCUGAUGUGCACAGUGUUCCUGCCGGACGAGGACCGAACGGUGAGCAUUGGCUGUGAGCAUCUGGAGCCAGUGGUGCCAAUGCAAGGCGACCAGGUCAAGGUCAUAAUGGGCGAGGAGCGCGAGAUGGUUGGCUCGCUCAUUUCCAUCGACAAUGCCGAAGGAGUCGUCAAGCUCCGCUCGGACAAGUUCAGCGAGCCUGUCGAGGUCAAAAUGUUGCCGCUAAGGUCACUCUGUCGCUACAAGCCUACUGGAUAAACAUUCACUGUUAUUCGCUCUAUUUAUAUUGUGGACAAUGAAAUUGUGCAUGAAACAGUUUUCAUAGUUCAAUGUGUUGCACGACCUAAAGUGAGAUGUGGGCUUCAUGUAGACCACUUGCUAAUCAUUCACUAUUAUUUUUUCUAUAAUGUGGACGAUGAAAUAUUGUAAGAAGGAAGUUCUGUAUUAAAUAUUAUAUUAUAGGACGAAUAAUAUUUAUAUAUGUGGACAGUUAUGAAUGAAUCAUUGUUGAACGAUCCAUUCAGUUAUCACUGUUCAAUUUGUUGCAUUAGAGGUUAUCUAACCUAAAGUGAGAUGUGGGUUUUAUUUAGACCACUGGCUUGUAAUGUCUAUUCACUAUUAAUUACUUUUUAUUAUCUGGGACGAUUGAUUCAGUUAUCUCUGUUUAAUGUGUAAAGGUUUAUCCAACCCAAUGAGCAAAUAUGGGCUUCACCUAGCCUACUGGCGUGUAAUUCACUUUUUAUCUACUUUGGAUUCAGUUAUUACUGUUGAAUUUGUUGCAUUUGAGUUUAUCCGACUGGAAGUGGAAAUGUGGGCUACACUCAACUCAUUGGCUAUUAAAAUCUAGUAUUUAUGGAUUGAUAUUUCAAGAUAAUAAUGCCGAGAAUUAAUUAUUUGAUAUUCAUAUUUUAUACUGUGUUUACUAUCAAUUUAUUAUCACACUUUGUUGUCACUGAUAUGUUGAAUUUAAAUUUAUCAAGCAUGCUGGGAAAGUGAGGGCUUUAUCACUAGAUCAAGUACGGUAGUUUAUACUGUCGCGUAUCUAUCAUGUGAUAUGUAUAAUUUGAUAUUUCAAUUCCAUACUGUGGGGGGGAUUAGAAUCACCCACUACUAAUUUAAUAAUCAUUUGUUAUUGUUUUAUAUUAUACUAUUGAAGAAACAGCGUUUAACACAGACCGUACAUUGUAAUCAAAUGAAGAUGAAGAUCUAAUCGAAUCUUACAUCAAGAAAGAGGUUCAUCUCGAAGCUUUUGACAUGGAUGAGGUAAAGGAUUUGGGAAAGUUCGAUAAAUACGGUCAUUUUGUGUGGAGUUCUAAAACGCGAGAGCCCGCUGACUCAUGGCUUGAAGGCGAGGGCUCAAAACCCAGUUGAACGGGCUGUCAAUCGGUCCCAUGUGAAUGAAGUGGGAGGUGACGAAACCCCAACUAGCAAAGUAUUGAAGUAGAGGCUCAAAAACGUCAGAAACUUGAUGGAGGGCAGAUAAACUGUCCAAGGAGCCAUUGGUCGUUUACAACAUUCUCGAUUUGACAAGAACUCUUGACUCCUUGAAUGGUUCCUCUGUCCUACAUCACGUUUUCGAUGUCCUUUAGUCUGUGCUUCAACACUACUAGUUGUAAUACUACAUGGAUCAGGUCUACAUGGAUCAGGGUCAGUAACAUGGGGCCGAUUGACAGCCCGUUCAACUGGUUUUGAGCCCUCGCCUUCAAGCCAUGAGUCAGUGGGCUCUCGCGUUUUAGAAUUCCACAUGAAAUGACCGUCUUUAUCGAACUUUCCCAAAUCUUUUUCCUCAAUCAUGUUGAAAACUUGGAGAGGAACAUCUUUCUUGCUGCGAGUCUCGAUCAGAUCUUCAUCUUCAUCAGAUAACAAUCUACUAUCGUCAUCGUCGGUGUCAAACGCUGUUUCUUCAAUAUUAUCCAAUACAAAAACGAAUGAUUAUAAAAUUAGUAGAGGGUGAUUUACAAUAUCUUAUGUACACCACUGCAUUUUAGAAUUACAUAAAUAGUGAUUUCAAAGUUAAAUUCAAAUAUUUUCAAUGAUUAGACGUGAUAGCGGAAAUUCUUUGAUAAAAGUAGAAUGGUAAUAGAAAAUUGAAUCUUGAAUGGAAUCCAUCAAGCUUUAUGAUUUGUUAAUUUCCUUGUAACAUGAACUCCAGUUCUUAAUGAAAUUGUGAACAGUUUUUACUAUUUAUAUUGAUUUGAAAGUUUUUCAGAUAAUUCUGAAUUACUAAAUUUUCAGUAAUGCGUUUGAUCAUUUUUGAUCGUUCAUCAAGAAGAUCUUAUUCAAUAAGAGAUACUACAUCUUGAAUAACUGUGGAUAUUUUCAUAAAAAUGUUCUCACCAAUUUUUGAUCUAUUAUAAAUAGGUUCUUUUGAUUAACAACAUGUGGUGUAAUUGAUGAUGAUACAUGAAAGAAGUUUUAUUGCUCUUGACAUAACUUGAAUAUUCAAAUAUAUAUAUAUAUUCUCACUCUAACUGUAAAAUAUGAUAAAUGAAUUCAUUCUAGUAAAUGAAAAACUGAGUUAUUCAAUUGAAGCUUACUCGUUUAGUUCAAAUGUUCAUAAGAAAUUUCGAGAUAUACCUAGAUGACCUUCUAGGAUUUUUCAAUGACUCAAUGUUUUGUAAUAAUUGUAUGUUUGUUUAUUUGAUUAUAGAAUAAUAAAUUAAUAUUUGAUAGAAUAAAAUGCUUUAUUUUGAACACAAUAAAACACACUAUUCAAUA